GACCUAGAGGUCUAUUGGUGUGUGGCGCCACGGGCUUGAAGAGUUUGUAAUUCACAGAGAGCGUCCCCCCGUCCACCUUCUGCCAUUGCACCCAUGAUGGUCAUCGAUGAACAAGCACACUAGGCCAUCCCUGUCAAUCUCAACAAUCAACAAACCGGCAGAAUACUCGGUAUACGAUAGGCUCGCUUCCGGCCUCUAGAUACUUUCGGAAGACAAUCGUUCCUUUAGGUAUACGAUAACCUUAUCGACUGUGCUCUACUCAAAGCUUCAACCUAUCCACGAUGGCGACGACUACGCACAACGUCUUCCACCUUUCCUCCGAGUUAGACGAACAGUCUCCCGACCUCGUCAUAACCUCCGCAAACCAAGUUGCAUUCCAUGUUCAUCGUCAUCGUCUGCUCGCCGCCUCCACGAACCAUUUUGACACCCUUCUCAGCCUCCCUUCGAAAACAGCCAUCGAGUUCUCUGAAAGCUCGCCGUUGAUCAGCAUUAUGCUCAACACAAUAUAUGACAAACCACUUGAUUCGCUACACCCCAAUGCUACCAUUCUCAUCUCAUCCAUCGAUACCCUCAAGAAAUAUGGGAUACCUUUGAAUCAAUAUGUUCACUCGAAUACACCAUUAUUCACCGCUCUCGUCGCGGCAGCCCCAUCGUGCGCCAUAGAUCUCUACAUCUUGGCAGCGGAAAACGAUCUACAUGAGCUUGCAGCCGCUAUAUCUGUAUACCUCUAUUCCUUCGAUUUGUCCACUGUCACUGAUGAGAUGGCAAUUCGUAUGGGUCCAAUCUAUCUGAAGAAGCUCUUCCUUCUUCAAAUCACUCGAAUUGCGACCUUGGAGCAACUCAUCGCCGCUCCAUUAGCACUUCAUUCACCUACAUCCACUUGUGAUAUGGACGCACAACACUUGCUUGCCAGGCGAUGGGAUUUAGCAACUAUUAACAUACAGACGAUUGCUACCGCAAGCAUGACGUCCGCAAGCAUCGGCGGGGUUUUGGGAACGGUUGAAGCCCAGACCGAGUGCCGUUUCUGCAGGGAUGCGGUGCAGGUCAGAGUCCAAGAGGUUGUUUCCGGCUGGGAGCAAGUGCAGAAAACUAUGUGAAAUCUUGGUUCAACUCUGUCAUGGUACUGUCUUCUUCCUGAGAUGAGCGAUGCUCGAUACCACUAUACACCAUCAAUGUCGGGCGAGAGUAUGUAUACACACAUAGACACGACCGUCUCAAGCACUCAUCUUUAGGGCUGGUUAGUAUGUAUAGAACAUUCAGGAGGGAGUCCAAACAUUUCCGUUGGCGUAAUGAAUAUACCAAGUUUGUUAGCUUCACUGAUGGUUGCUCGGGACUGCGUGGGAGCAUGUUAGCGUCGUAG